CUCAGAUUGCGGUAUCACAUCUGAAGUGAGGAAGCUUUGGGCUACCUUUGCUUUGGCAUCAAGACUGAACACAGUAAAGAGGUACUAUUAGCUCCACCAUGAAACACUUUGUUCAGGCUAAUGGCAUGUUUGCUGUAGACCUUUUCAAAAGGCAACAGCAGGAGAACUCUGGGAAAAAUUUCAUUACAUUCUCAUUGGGUUCGACAAUGGCAUUAGGCAUGCUCUGGCUUGGCAGUGACAAAGCCACUGCUGAUGAAAUAAGAAAGGCUCUUCACUUCUGGAGAGGGCUAGAAACUGUGACCCCUACAGAUGGGCCUCAUGCUGGGACUGAGUGUGAUAUACCUGGAGGAUUUCACAGCCAGUUCAAGCGAAUCCUAACAAUCCUCAACCAGCAUUCCAAAUAUCAUAUGCUGAAGAUAGGUGGCCGGAUAUAUGGAUCAAAGGCUGAAGAUUUCCUGGAGCAUUACAUAAAGUGCGUUAAAGAGAUAUACAAUUCGGAUUUCGAAAAAGUUGAUUUUAGGAAUGCAGUUGAGGAAACUAGACGGAACAUGAAUUCCUGGGUUGAAAGCAAAACAAAUGGUGAUAUCAAGGAAUUCUUUCCUCCUCAAUCCCUUGAUCAAUCAACUUCCCUGAUCUUAUUAAAUACAACCUCUUUCCAAGGAAGGUGGAAAUUUCCAUUUAAUCCAAGAAAUACAUACAGAGGAGUCUUUUGGAAUUGUCAGGAUCAGAGCAUUUAUGUGGAUAUGAUGACUCAAAGGGGCAGAUUUAAAAUAGCUAAUAUACCGAGUCCAUCAAUGAAAGUGGUGCAGCUUCCUUAUUAUGAUGACAUUAUGUUUAUGUACAUUUUUGUGCCAGGUAACCGCCUAUCUACAGAUGAGAUUAUAACGAAUCUCACUCCCGAAAAAUUGCAAAGUUGUAUCGAUCCCGCAAAUAUGAGAGAGGAAGACCUUAAAAUUUCUUUUCCAAAGUUCAAAGUGAAAAUGAACUAUUCAAUGAAAGAUGUAUUUUCAAAAAUGGGGGUGAAAGAUCUGUUUACUCCAGGCAAAGCUGAUUUAUCUGGCAUGACUGGGAAUACUCAGGCGAUGGUGUCUCAGAUUAGUCAAUCAAUUACCUUUACUGUCAACGAAGAUGGUGUAGAGGCAGCUGGAGCCUCUCGUACAGAGGUAGUAGAUGGGGCUUUCAGUGAACUUAAAGUGAAUAAGGAAUUCAUUUUUCUUGUGAAACAUAAGGCAACUAACUUCAUCAUGUUUUUGGGCAGGAUUUGUAUGCCAAAGUGGGAGGAGCUGCCAUAAUAACAAAUGUCUUCCCAGGUGUUGUAAACAGUGGAGCCUUCUAUAUUCUUAAUUCUAUUUCAACUUGGCCAAUAUCUUGUCUAAAUUUAUAAGCCCAAAAUUGAUUUCCUAUUUGCCUAUCUGGGAAAAAAAAAAGGCUUUUACUUUGUGAGUUUAUUUGCAAUUCCUCUCCAGUGCAAAAGUGAUAUAUCCAUAAUAAACUUUUCUUAUACUGUGCAUUAAACUCCUUUUCAACAGCAAAACGUGCAUAUUUGGGAUUUCAUACAUGGAAUACGGAACAAUUGGGGAGAAUCCUCCUUAGAGAAUAAACCUAAAGUAAAAGAAUGUCCUCAAUCAUCCAGGUCAAGUCCAGUUGCCUUUUAGAAAAAAACACCUUUGGGACUAAAGGGGGUAGUUGUAGGGCAAAGGAGGACAAAUACAACUAUCGUAUUUUUCAGAGUAUAAGACACACCUUAGUUUUUGGGGAGGAAAAUAAGAAAAAAGCUAAUUGGUGGGUGGAUCAGCCUCCCGAAAUACCCCCAAUCAGCUGUUCCAGAGGUGAAUUUUAGCAACAGGUUCCUUAGUUGUGAGCUCUGUGCCUUGCUUUUUUUUUUUUUGCUUUUUUUCCUGCCUCUGAAACUUCUGAAACUCCCUUUCAGAAAAAAAAAACUUUUUUUUCCUGCCUCUGAAAGCCUCCGAAACAGAGCUUCAGAAAAAAAGCCUCUGAAGCUCUGUUUGGGGUCUUCUUUUCUGAAGCUUCUUUUCUGAUGCUUUUUUCAGCCUCUGAAACCUCCGUUUGAAAAGCUGGGCGGGGCUACAUUCGGAGUGUAAAACACACCCAGGUUUUCACCCUUUUUUUGAUUUAUUCAAAUCUUGGUUUGGAAGAGGUCUAAAGCUGGGAAUUGCAAAUUGUAACUGAUGCAAAUGGAACGUACAUGAUUCUGUAAAUUUGUCUGAUGAUGUUAAUAACAUAGCCUAAUAUGUAAUAGGUUUUCUGAUCAAUAGCCAAGAUGAUUUAUUUUGGCUGGGCUGCAGUUCAUUCAGUUCAUUCUGUGUGGUUGGUUCUUCCUUUAAAAUAGCUGACCUUCUGGGAUUGUGGAAGUAGCUUCUUUUUGCUGGUCAAGAAAUCCUGCCCGUUAGAAGCUUUCAAUGUCUUAUGGUCUCUUUUCUCUCCUUGAGAGAUUCAAAUGUGGUGGCAUAUCUCUGUGCACCACUCUUAAUUUUUAAUCUGGGGAAUAAUCUGAGGCAUCAGGAAAUAGAUAUAAAUAGAGAUAGAUAUAUGAUAGAUAGAUAAAUAGACAGACAGAGGAAAGCAGUGAAUCAUUCUAAGUGAUCUAUAUAUUCUAUAUAUCUAUAUCUACAUAUUUCCCUGAGACAAUCAGUCCUAUAAGGCAGACCAAAUUAGGAAACAACAAUAGAAUUUGAAACAAUAGAGUUUUAGUAGUCCUUGUGAUGACUAUUUCCUAACCUGGCCUACUUCAAAGGGCUGAUUUCUCCAGAUUUCACUGCAUAUGGAGGCAGAGUUGGACAACCCAAUUUUUAUGUGUAAAAGGAGGCCAGAGAAAAGAACGUGUCAGGCGUGAUUUAGCAGAAGAACUUUCAGCACAGUUGAAAGAAGGAGGGCUAGGUUCAAUUUUCUCUCUUGAGAAAUAGCUUCCUGCUGAAAUCAGACCAUGGGCUCUGCUGAAAUAUUUCUCUGUGUUUUUUUUUAAAAAGUUUUGCAAAGCUUCUAAAUGUCAGAAUGGAAUUCUUAUUCAUUUCCCCAAGUGGUAGGUGUCUUAACAGCGACAGUACAUGUCAAAGUCCCUGCAGACUGAUUGAAUGGACCAGCCACAUAGUGAGUGGGUUUGAAGAGAUGAAAGCUAAAGUUCUGCCAGGAAGUUUCUGAAUCAGCAAAAAGCAACUCUUAUGAAACUCUGUCUAUUAACGCUACUGUUAAAAAAAAAAGCCUAAUAAAGCUCUAUCAUGCAAGUA